AGAGAGAGAGAGAGAGAGAGAGAGAGAGAGAGAGAGGUUAGGAGCGCAGAAGAACGCAUCUCCUCUCCAGAUGGUGUUUUAAACGCAGACAGAAGGGUCAUUAGACAGCACACCAGCUUCCAAACCAACACAAAAAUAAACCAAAAACCGAGAUGAUGCGCGAAGAAACAGCACAGAAUGCGUAACAUCAGUUAGCAGGGAACGCGAAUAAUGUUUUUAACGGAGCGAUUUUUCGAGUCGGGAGUUUAGGAGUAUUAACGGGAAGAUCUCCGAAGGACUCCGUAUACGACUCGCUUCUGGAGACGAGGACUUAAAGGGAUUUACCAGAGACAAACAGUCUUCACUGCACUUCUGCUUGGUGAACCGAGGAUCGAUGACGAUAAUAAAAAUCUAAUUUCUUCCGAUACGUGGACUCGUGGAGGAAUAUAAAAACACAUCCUAAUUUGUGAUUAUUGCGUGUGUGUGAAAUCAAAGCAAACUUUUUCUCUCUCAGUGCGUUUUGAUGAAGAAAUUUGUAAGGACGUUUUGACGUUUGAAAGGAACGUGAUACCAAAGUCUCUCUACUUUAAUAGUGAAGCUCCGCUGUUUUAGCUUUCUACGAUAUUUUUUUCGAUUUCUUGAAACUGAAUUACCUCAGAAUUUAACGUCAAACCAACAUCGCGUGCAAUCCAAAGGAGUUCAGGACUGUCUUUUCUAUAAAAGCGCUUUGAUAAACUGCAUAUUUAUGAUUAUCCGUCAUUUUGGAAAGUAUUUUUAUCAAUGAGGAUCGAGGCGUAAUAAUCGCCGCUGAUUUCUGUAUUUAUUUUGGAUUAUUUUUUAUUUAUUUUUGCUACAAACACCCCAGUUUGACUUCGACCUUUACAAAGUAGACCAGCACAGAAGGCUGAAACGAUGCCAGAUUCACCUGCUGAUGUCAAAACCCAGCCCAGGUCGACUCCGCCCACAAUGCCACCUCCACCCCCUGCUGUCAGCCAGGCAGCCAAUCGUACCGCAUCGUUCACGCCCACAACAAUGCUGAAUGGGAGCAGUCACUCUCCGACGGCGCUCAACGGAGCUCCUUCUACCCCCAACGGCUUCAGCAACGGGCCGGCCACCUCCUCCACCGCCUCCUUGCCCACCCAGCAGCUGCCUCCGGCGUGCGGAGCCCGACAGCUCUGUAAGCUCAAGCGAUUUCUCACCACGCUGCAGCAGUUCGGCAACGACAUCUCGCCCGAGAUCGGGGAGCGUGUCCGCAGUCUGGUGCUCGGGCUGGUGAACUCAACUCUAACCAUCGAGGAGUUUCACUCCAAACUUCAGGAGGCCACAAACUUUCCCCUACGGCCCUUUGUUAUUCCAUUCCUCAAGGCUAACUUGCCCCUGCUGCAGAGAGAGCUGCUUCACUGUGCUCGGAUGGCCAAGCAGACCCCAGCGCAGUAUCUGGCCCAGCACGAACAGCUACUACUGGACGCCAAUGCCAGCUCACCCCUGGACUCCUCAGAGAUCAUGCUAGAACUCAACGAGCACGGCAAGAGACGUACGCCGGACAGGACCAAAGACAGCACAAGCGACAGAGACGGCUUGCACCCGGAACAUCUGGCCAAGCGGCCGUGCACGGUGAGCCCCAGUCAGCGCUUCAGUCCCAGCAGUGGCCUGCCGGCCCACCCUCCACCCAACGGCCUGUCCUCGCACCCGCCCAACGGCCUGCCUCAUCCCAAUCCUCCGGCUCCGCAACAUUACCGACUGGAGGACAUGGCCCUGGCGCACCACUACAGAGAUGCUUACAGACACGCAGAACACAGGGACGCUCGAGACCGCCACAGACAAACAGCCGUGCAUGGUACACGUCAGGAGGAAGUGAUUGAUCAUCGACUGACAGACCGCGAGUGGGCUGAGGAGUGGAAGCAUCUCGAUAACCUGCUGAACUGCAUCAUGGACAUGGUAGAGAAGACGCGGCGUUCCCUCACCGUACUGCGACGCUGCCAGGAGGCCGACCGCGAGGAGAUGAACCACUGGAUCCGCCGCUACAGCGACGUGGAGGAUAUGAAAAAAGGUGGGAGCUCCGCCCAGCGGCCUCCUCCUCCUCCUCCUCUUCCUCCCCACCACAACUCUUCCUCCUCCAACACUCCUAACAGCAGCGACACGCAGCCGCUAGACAUCCACCGAGAUUUCCUGCACCGGCCGGCUUCAGGCUACCUGCCCGAGGAGAUCUGGCGGAAGGCGGGUGCCACGAGCAUCCAGCUUACGCCUGCGCUAAAGCAACUGCAAAACAAGCAGGAAGAGGCGGUGAAUGAGGUCAAGAGGCAGGCCAUGUCUGAGCUACAAAAGGCCGUGUCUGAUGCUGAAAGGAAAGCUCAUGAGAUGAUCUCCGCCGAGCGCUCCAAAAUGGAAAGAGCGCUGGCCGAGGCUAAAAGACAGGCUUCUGAGGACGCGCUGACCGUUAUUAACCAACAGGAGGACUCUAGUGAAAGUUGCUGGAACUGCGGUCGCAAGGCCAGCGAGACGUGCAGCGGCUGCAAUACGGCACGUUACUGCGGCUCGUUCUGCCAGCACAAGGACUGGGAGAAGCACCAUCACGUAUGCGGCCAAGGCCUACAGGGUCUGCCAGGCAGCAGCGGCGGCCCGCUGGGAAAGCCGUCCACCACCUUAUCCAGCGCGCCCCCUACUCACACCGAGAGCAGCCCACCAGGACCGCUCUCUCUGACCGGGCAAACCAGCAGCAGUGGCAGUCCAAAAGAAGCCAGCUCCAGCAACGUUUCACGUUCAACCACGCCGGCCACGCCCGCCUUGAUGGAUUCGUCGUCUCGUUGACCGACGCACCUCCCGUCCUGACCCUGCCCUGCCACGUCUACUGCUGCUAUGGCAUCUUUUAUCCGAAACAAGCUGAGGAACGUCCACCAAAUCCUUUACAGACAGUCGCUCCUGUGCUUAGUUCAACAUGAGCAGGGUCCGUUUUACUGGACAACAUUUCAUGAACUCAUGUUUAAGAGACAGCCUCCAUAACAUACCCUUUAAGUGAAGAAUGCUCUGUGCUCACAUUGUAUUCAGAACACUUCCUAAAGUGGGAUUUUUAUAGAGGACAAAAACAUGGGAAUUAACUAACCGGCAGCUGUUAAGGGGCUGACGUCACUGUGGGACGAAAGCACGCCGCCCCUCAGAAACACUUUCGACACAGAGCUACUUCUUUACGACAUGACACAUUGCAGCAUUACACUUUUAGGCUUUAAUUACAAUGAAAGAAAACUCCAAAAAUCCAAUAGAAAUAAUAACGAUGAAGAUAAGACGAAACCUGUUAACUACCUUGCUAGCGAGCCAAGAAAAUCUACACCAGACUCACCUCUCUGUACUGACGUGAACCCAAAUGAAUUUUAAUCGUGAUCCAAACCUUUUUAUUACACUGCCAAAGUUACGAAGAAGCACUCAUCUUGUAACCAAACGCAAACGACUUCACCUCUUCAGCAGUAGAAAGCACGGUGACAAGACACUCGAAGCUUCACUGUGUCCGUGAGGAUCUCCGGAUCUGUAGCUGCGGCGCAGGAGGAUCGCAACCAGAACGUUUAACGCACGUCAACCUGUUUGCCGCAGUAAAGAAACGACGUGAGAACAAAAGAUGAGUACAUGUAAAGGCAUAAAACGGCAACAAAGCUGCCGACAACCGCAAUGGAUUGUACACUAAGAACGAGCCACACUUUUCGUGACUGCUGAAACGUUUCAUGUUGUUGUACGAUGAUCCCUCGUUUUCCAAAGCAUGACAAGACUGUAGAGUCUCGCGAGACGGUCAUAGACUCGGUUCUCUUUUCUGUCGCUUUCUCUACCUCCCCCCAUGUUCUGUACGUUCAUCGCUUUUGUCUCCUGACCGAACCUCUGAGCAGAUAUUCACGAUGGGAUCAAACAUCGCUUGUAGAUAUUACUUUCUGUUUCUGGAUGUCUCUGUCUUCAAAAUCUGCUUUUUUGUGUGUGUGUGUACUCCAAACGAGAAACGCUACUCUUUCAAUUGUCUUCUUUUUAGGUUUUUGGACGGAAAAAGACACUCUAAAGCGAGAGAAGCUGUGUUGUACCUAUUGUUGGAUUUGUUGUAUCAAUAUUGACGAUGGGAAUCCUCAUGUAGAAUAUUUUAUAUCGCUCGCAUUGUAAGACAGUGAGAGAGUGGAGGUGCAAUAUGAGAAGAGAAUUCAGCUACUGAAUGGAACCUCAAAAGCGGCCCUUAGGGUACCUUAUUAAUAUAAAUAUACAUAUAAAUAUAUCUGAAAUUACCACAGUAAAUUAAUGUGAAUGUACAUAGUAUUUAAAAGAGGUCCAAAAAUGAGUUUGCCAAAUAACAGAAACCUUUGAAAGUAUAAUGUCUAGACUUUAAUUUCUCUCCAUUUAAUCUUUUCUGUCUGAAUCGAAGCAAAUGUAACUACAGUGUGCAUUUUACCCAAGCCUGUCGCGUGUGCGCGAUCUGGAUUAGCGGAUGAGACGUUCACGAUACCACUAGUUUGGAUUACUGCCGGAUGGCAUUUUGUAGCCAUCAUUUAGGACAUGCCAAACCAUGAUAUACUGACCCAGCUCGCAGAAGUUCCCAGAUCAGGACUUGGGAAGGGAAAUGUUUGGGCCAAAUGUCACUGCAGUGGUCCAACAUAUCAUUUGCACACAUGCAUGCACACACAAAUAUCAAACCAAACCAUAAACUAUUCAUGGUCCAAGAGUUUGACACCAGAAUCACACUUUGAUUUGUGUUCUCUCAUUCGGCUCGAUAUCGACAAUACAGAUAUUCGGCCAUGUUGCACAUGCAGUGGCUGCCUACAAAAUGCUCAUGUUUUUAAGAAACUGCAUACAAAAUAGAGUUAUAAAUAUUUGGGAUGCACUGAUGUAUCGGCAGAUAAAUGCAAUUUUUCACACUAUCGGCCAAUUGUUUCAAAACAGGGCAGAUUAUAUUCUUGAACAAAGGGCAGAAAACAACUCAUGCUGUGUGAUUAUUUUGACAACAAAAGCACUCUGCACUUCUAGGAUUUCGAAACAAGAAGUAAAAAAACGAAACUAUCGGUAUCUGAAGUAAAAAAGUAUCGGUACAGAUAUUUUGUAUCUGUGCAUCCCUAAUCGAUAUGAAAACCAGUUAACACAUACAGCCCAUUUACAGCUUUUGUAUUUUGGUCAAACAAAAAUUUUUCCUUGCUAAUUUUAAAUCACAUGACGUACCUCUGAUACGGACCAAACUUUAAAGGCAAAUGCAUUGCUCAUUGUAUUUUGCUGUCUCUUGGGUGUUUGAUGCUAAUUGAGGUGCACUGAUGGCUUGAUGAUGACCUGGAUUUAUAAAUAUAUGAGCGUAUGCUGAGGUAAGAGUUUGUCUCACUCUCCCUUCAUUUUAAGGAGGAGUUUACCCAUCCUCUUUUCCCACUAACUACCUCCUGUGAAUUAGUCCACGAGAACCUGACAUGCUUGGAGAAUGACAUCACUAGCAGACAUGCAAACCCAAACAAGCUAAACUCACAGAUUGUAAAAAAAAACAUGACACGCAUGUUGUUUAUCCCACAUUUUACACACACGGUAACUGGAUCAAGUGUUUAAAACUUGUUUUCUUUCAUGGGAAGCGAGAUCGGAAGCAUGCUCUACGCAAGAACACAAAUGUAAAUACUUGGCCAAGCACGCAAUCCAGAUGUACAUACUUUUUUGCAUUACUUUGGCGUUAACAAACCGCGGUACUCAAAGAGAGUAAAAGAUUUUCUUUCAAAUGUAUGUGCUAUUAAACACACUGACUUUAACUAACUUUCUCAGCAAGAUUCAAAUGAAAUGACAGCAAAAAAUACAGACCAUAGAAGACGACAGUAUAUGCUUAUUUAUGCCAAUUUCCACUACUGUAUAUAAAGCUUGCAUUAUUUACAUACUUUCGAAGAGCAUGUUUUUCAGCCCUUGGGGUUUUUUGUGUCAAUAAACAUAUCUCAUAAUAAUAAAUAUCCAAAACGAUGAAAAGCACAGACCAAAGCAGAACCGCACAUUCACAGAAGCUGUCUGAACAUUGUGGCAUACUGAAACCAGUGGCCGACUAAGCCCAUAAACCAAAGCGUACAAAAUAGCACAACAUGAUAGCAAACACACAAGGAAUAAAGUUUUAGUAGAAAUCCAAGCCAGGAGUGGGCUUGUACCUGUAAAUCCAAAGCAUCAGAUACGAUAACAAAUGCUUCAUUUAAGCCAGCCUUGCUCAAAGAUUUCAUCGUGAAGAAUGGAUGUGUGCAUUGAACUUACUUGAAUCUCCAGAGCUUUAAAACAACAACAUUGGCGAAGUUAUGGCACAGAAACUCCUCCAAAUCUGAGUUUUGCAUGUCUGCUAGUCUUAUACAUGUGUAUAUAUUUGGCCAUCCUCUUUCAAACCAAAAUCGAACCAAAUAGGAGAACCUGCGAAUGCAUCUUUCACUGUGUACUGUUUUUGUUUGUUGUUCUUUGAUCCUCAUUCUCCAAACACAUCUAUGGGUCUCUGGAUUCGGACAUUCGGUCUCGUCGGUGGCCUCCUGUUGGGCAGCCGCUGCGUUCUUUAAAUGACACUGGGGGAGAGAGAGACAACAUCUUUUAUCUUUUGACAAACACACUAGGGAUGCUGUAGGUAAAUUGACUCAUUUGUAUCUGUUAUGCUCAAAGCCUAUGCUGAAACUGGCCUGGUCAUGACAAAGGUUGGUUUUGUGCACUUGUUAACUGGUUAGGUUGGGAGACCAGCUUAACCAAACUAAACCACCCAAGACCAGCAAACCUUUAAGCAGUAGGCUUCUUUAUAUUUUUAAAGUUAUAAUACCCUGUAGCAUAAGUGUAAAGUUACAACUCUGAGUCAUAAAAGGGACCUAAUUUUACUGCAGUAAAAAACUCGCACUACCGUAGGACUUAAAAAUCGCUCUGAAUAGCAGAGCGUGGUGUGCAUUAAACCUCCACGCGCAAAGAGUAAAACACGAAUUUCUGUAAAGACACACUUAAAGACUAACAAAGGCUUGGUUUGAUAUUAGGCAAACAUUACCGUACUGUGCAAUAUACCAUUACUGGAAAAGGCAUUGUUUCUGUAGGAAAGGUUGGUUUGCUGAAGAAAAUGUUGAUUCUUUUCUCUCUUUUAAAGUCCUGUUAUCAUUCUCUAGAUGAUGUGUACUGUGCCAGGAGAGUUUUAUUUAUUUCUUGCAUGCCCUUUAAAUCUCUUUUGCAAUCCCCCUCACCCUCUUACUGUGCGCAUUGUUGGUCACGUGACGCUGUAAACAUCCUAAAUCAGGUUAUUGUCUGUGUUGAGAUACGUAUCUGUGUAAUUAAAAAGACCGUGAAAUAUAA